AAUUCCAGAGACACACAGGGACCUCAGAACAAAGAUAAGGCAUCGCUGACACCACACCGGGGACAAGCUCACAGGAAAGUCAGGCCGAGGGUACCGAAGCCAGGCAGCCAGGAGCACCCCAGGCAGGAAAAUGAGGUGGCUCCUUCUCUGUCAUGCUCUGUGCCUCUCCUUGUUGAAAGCUUCGGCCCAUACCGUGGAGCUUAACAAUAUGUUUGGCCAGAUUCAGUCACCUGGCUAUCCAGACUCCUAUCCAAGUGAUUCAGAGGUGACUUGGAAUAUCACUGUCCCAGAGGGAUUUCGGAUCAAGCUUUACUUCAUGCACUUCAACUUGGAAUCCUCCUACCUUUGUGAAUAUGACUAUGUGAAGGUAGAAACGGAAGAGCAGGUGCUGGCAACCUUCUGUGGCCGGGAGACUACAGACACAGAGCAGACCCCCGGCCAGGAAGUCGUGUUCUCCCCUGGCUCCUUCAUGUCAAUCACUUUCCGGUCAGAUUUCUCCAAUGAGGAGCGAUUCACAGGCUUUGAUGCCCACUACAUGGCUGUGGAUGUGGACGAGUGCACUGAGCGCGAGGACGAGGAGCUGUCCUGUGACCACUACUGCCAUAACUACAUCGGCGGCUAUUACUGCUCCUGCCGCUUUGGCUACCUCCUCCACACAGACAACAGGACGUGCCGAGUGGAGUGCAGUGACAACCUCUUUACCCAGAGGACCGGCGUGAUCACCAGCCCCGACUUCCCCAACCCUUAUCCUAAGAGCUCAGAAUGUUUCUACACCAUAGAGCUAGAGGAGGGUUUCAUGGUCAGCCUGCAGUUCGAGGACAUUUUCGACAUUGAGGAUCAUCCUGAGGUGUCCUGCCCUUAUGACUACAUCAAGAUUAAAGCUGGUCCAAAAGUUUUGGGGCCCUUCUGUGGGGAGAGAGCCCCAGAACCCAUCAAUACCCAGAGCCACAGCGUCCAGAUUCUGUUCCGCAGCGACAACUCAGGGGAGAACCGGGGCUGGCGGCUCUCGUACAGGGCAACAGGGAACGAGUGCCCGGAGCCAGAGCCUCCUGUCCACGGGAAAAUUGAGCCCCAGCAAACCACGUAUUCCUUCAAAGACCAGGUGCUCAUCAGCUGUGACACAGGCUACAAAGUGCUGAAGGAUAAUGUGGAGAUGGAUACUUUCCAGAUCGAGUGUCUGAAGGAUGGGACAUGGAGUAACAGGAUUCCCACCUGUAAAAUUGCAGACUGUGGAGCCCCAGCAGAGCUGAAACAUGGGCUGAUCACCUUCUCCACCAGGAACAACCUUACCACAUAUAAAUCUGAGAUCCAAUACUCCUGCCAGCAGCCCUACUAUAAAAUGCUUCACAAUAUCACAGGUAUAUAUACCUGUUCUGCCCAAGGAGUCUGGAUGAAUGAAGUACUGGGGAGAAGCCAGCCCACAUGCCUGCCAGUGUGUGGGGUCCCCAAGUUCUCCCGGAAGCUGAUGGCCAGGAUCUUCAAUGGACACCCAGCCCAGAAAGGCACCACCCCCUGGAUUGCCAUGCUGUCAUACCCAAAUGAGCAGCCCUUCUGUGGGGGCUCCCUUCUAGGCUCCAGCUGGAUCGUGACUGCGGCUCACUGCCUCCACCAGUCCCUCGAUCCAGAUUACCCAGCCCUACAUGACUCAGACCUGCUCAGACCUUCUGACUUCAAAAUUAUCAUGGGCAAGCACUGGAGACGCCGGUCAGAUGGGAAUGAACAGCAUCUCAGGGUCAAACGCGUCUUCCUCCAUCCCCUGUACGACCCCAACACAUUUGAAAAUGACGUGGCUUUGGUGGAGCUGCUGGAGAGCGCAGUGCUGAGCGACUUUGUGAUGCCCAUCUGUCUGCCCCAGGGGCCCCCCCAGGAAGGGGACGUGGUCGUCGUCAGUGGCUGGGGAAAGCAGUUCUUGCAAAGGUUCCCAGAGACCCUGAUGGAGAUUGAAAUCCCAAUUGUGGACCACCGCACAUGCCAGGAGGCCUAUGCCCCUCUGAAGAGGAAAGUGACCAGGGACAUGAUCUGUGCUGGGGAGAAGGAAGGGGGAAAGGACGCCUGUGCAGGUGACUCUGGAGGCCCCAUGGUGACCCUGGAUAAAGAGAGAGGCCACUGGUACCUAGUGGGCACAGUGUCCUGGGGCGAGGACUGUGGGAAGAAGGACCGCUACGGGGUGUAUUCCUACAUCUACCACAAUAAGGACUGGAUCCAGAGGGUCACCAGGAUGAGGGAUUGAAUUCCGUUCCUCACCCACCACACCACCUGUCCGUGCCUUCACUACAGUUGGUGGAGUCAUUCAGGAGCUGCUGCUGGAAGAAGAAGAUACGGAGGGGUAAGAACUCAUGGACACCAAGCCCUAGGCUGAACGCUCAGGGACAGCAAUUCACAGCCUGCUUCUGAUUCCAUGAGCAAGUCAUUCUACCUCUUGGCGCCCUGCUGUCUCUGCUGUAGAGGGAAGAUGACAAUGGGUACCCAGCUUCAUCAGAUCUAUGUCAAGCAAGCUGCAGCUCUAUCUCAGACACCAAAGAAUUGCCAGGCAGAGUUUUCGAGUUGCUCUAAGACAUUCCAAAACCCCAUACCUUCCCAGUUCACAGCACUGCCUGGGUGCCCCCAUGGGCUAGGCUGUGCUGACUGCUGUGGAGAAUACCAAGAUGAGGGAAGCACGGUUUGUGCCUUCCAGGAGCUCCUACAGGAGAGACUGACACAGAUGCAGGUGACUACUGUGAACAGAGUGAACCCUGCUAAGUGCUAUCCUUGGGAGCAGGCAUGGAGGCAAAAGAAUGGCCACUCUGGUGGGGAGGCACUAGAAUGGGGGACUUCAGGAAGGCAUCCCAGAGGAGAUGCUGUUGGCGCUGACCCUUGAGGAGGGUGGGCAUUUCCACGGGGAAGAGAGAGGGAGGCCUUCCAGGUGGAAGGAGUGCAAGAGCAAACAUCCACUCAGGCUUUCCUGAGAUUACACUAGCUUCUCUCACAAAAAUGACGAUUACUAGGCCAUUGUUCUGAUUCUGGGAUCAGAACCAACAUCUGAAAUAGCCUUUCUCCUAAAAGUCAGACAACUAUGGGACUUGAAUAGCCUAAAGAUUUGUGUACAAAUCCGGACUUCUGGUUGGACCCAGUUCAUCUUGUUUAUUUCCCCAACUGUAAGUUCAUCCUUAUUCUGAGGAAAUGUCUAAAUGUGCUGUGGAACUUCGGCUUACGCUUGAUCAGCAAGCCUUUAUUAGAUAUAUCAGCCCCUGCACUGCCGCGAAGUUUCGAGAAACCCAAACUUCUCACAGAGUCAUAGAAACAGAGGCUUGGAACGUCUAUUAGGACCAUCUUAUCUAGAGAUGGGAAACUCACUACCUCCAAAUGCAGCCCAUUCCAACUUCAAAAUGUGCUGCCUCUUCGGUUGCCUCUUCUUUGCAACAAAAAUCCUCCUCCCUAGAAUAUAGUUUGUAUAUCUAAAGCUGUGAUUCCACACCAUGAGUGUUGUUAGUAGCAAUAACGAUCACGCCAAUUUCAUUAGCCAUGGAAGCUGUUGUUCUUGUGAGUAACUACACAUUUGUUCCAAUAAACAU